AUGAUUUUCAGCGCUGGAAUUCUGGCCAGACCGGUUCAGAGUUUCCAAAGGUUAACCUUCAAGAGAUUCACACAUGAGCUGGCUCCGCGCUUCAAGGUUCAAAAGAAGAAGCAGAAAGGAAGAAUUGCUGUGAGAACAGGUGGUUCGGCCAAAGGAUCGCUCGUCUCUUUUGGAUCCUACGGAAUCAGACUUAAGAGUGAGGGUGUUCGCAUGGCUGCUGUCCACUUGAAAGAAGCUGAUAAUGUUAUCACCAAGUGUGUGAGAGAGUAUGGUGGAAAGGUCUGGAGAAGGUUAUGUACCAACAUCGCCAUCUGCACCAAGGGUAAUGAAACCCGUAUGGGUAAGGGUAAAGGUCCGUUCGACUACUGGGCUGUUAGAGUUCCCACAGGAAAAGUUAUAUUCGAGGUGAGUGGAGACUCUGUGUUACACGAGAAGAUUGCACGUGAGGCUUUCAGAAAGGCCGGUGAAAAGAUGCCUGGUACCUUUGAGUUUGUCAAAAAGGGUGGUAACCCAAGAUUAGGUUUGAAGGACGCCAUCAAGCCUUUACCUCCAAAGCAGAACUUUCUCGCCCAGUACAAAGCAAAUCCCGACAAGAAGCUGUUGAAUGUUUUGAAGUCCAGGGAUCCUGUAUAUAAGUUGUAUAGUGGAAGGUCGUAA